AUGUCAAUCACCCCAGCCUCAUCAAAAGAUGGCCUCAUUCAAAGUCUGGCUACAAAGCAGCAGGAUGUUGAUUGCUAUAUCGCUCUUGGCUGCCUUCACUUUCAAGAAUCUCUUUUUCCGUCUCAUAAAUCCCAAGCGGAUACUGAGUGGAUGGAGUUGCUAUAUCAUGAGCUUCCAGAUGAGAUGAAAGCAAUCAUUGGCAACGAAGCUUCCAGGCUCCUCGAGGCACACUGGAUACGGCUCUUUCUUCACAAUUUUACGCCUGGCACUGCUCAUUUUCAGAGUUCAGUACGGGUAUAUCUGAUGCCAGAAGAUUGGGGUCGCCGUUCCAUUGAUCGCAACAGCAAGAAAUUGAAGGCCGCCUUACGGCAUCUCCUCAAAUCCAUUGACAUAUCGACAAAGGCUUGGUACGGUGACCAUGACGAAAAGGAGAUACGCUACUUCGAUUCCUGGGCCGAUGCUGAACUUUCAUCGCUAUAUUAUCUGUUCAACAAGUUACCAUCACCCGCGCCGGUUCCAGGAGAAAUUCGGGAUCGGUAUACAAGAGCCGCUAUAAACGAUCUAUUGGAAUCUGCAAAUGUCUCAGGAUGGGAAGAGUAUGGCGAACAAGCACUCCCGGGGCUACGAACCAGACUGUACGCCUACCAAGCUCGUUCGGCAAGCGCAAUGUUGCAGAAGGAGGCAGCACCUCAAUUACAGCUUGAUCCAAGGCUAGAAGUACGUUCGUCACCCGAUGGCAAGAAAUUCUACUUUGGGAGCCGUGACGGAUCUUUUUUGCACGAGCCUCGGUAUUACGAAACCACUCGAGGAGGGAUUUUGGCGGAAACUAUGGGCUUAGGAAAGACAGUCAUCUGUCUAGCCGUAAUUCUGGCUAGUAAAUACCAUCUACCCAAGAUACCCGCAGCCUACCGACCACCCCCUCCGGUUCGCCACCGCAUAGGAAAACUAUCAGAUAUAGCGGCAUCUAUUCUUGGGCGCUAUUCUGUACCUGCACGGAGCUUUUUGGAGCAGUCUGAAACGAAUGGCGCCGGAGACAUGACGAAAUAUCGAAAUGCUCUCGACCGAAAUAUUCCAUUUUACGAAAUCCCGGCUGAGCUUUCUAGGAUAAACAGAAACACCAGGAUACCUCCACCCCGUCAGCUGAUAAUAUCAUCCGGUACCAUCGUUGUCGUGCCGAGAAAUCUUUUGCACCAGUGGCAGUCAGAGAUCAAAAAACACGUGCUCCAAGGUGGCCUUAAAGUGCUAGUUCUAGACACUGUGACAAAGCGCGGGAGCAAGCUACAAAGCAAUUUGUACGAUGACGACAACAUGCAAUUCCAAAGCGAGUUGCCAGUCCCCACUGAGCUGAUGAAGUUUGACGUACUUCUCUUUACGCGUAAUCGAUUUGAACAAGAGAUCCAGGACGGACAAGACGAUCAAGGGCGACGAGCAGUCCGUGGAGUAACCCAAGCUUGUAAAUGUCCAUACAUCGGGGCCAGUAGGAUUUCUAACUGUAACUGUGUCGACUACGACAAAUUCUAUGAAUCGCCAUUGAAGAAGAUUCACUGGCUGAGGAUCAUCAUCGACGAGGGUCACUCGUUCUCUAGUUCUUUAUCAAACGCCGUACUAGUCGCAAAACAAAUCGAAGCAGAGAGGCGCUGGGUUGUAUCUGGCACACCUGCAAAGAACUUGGUCGGCGUAGAGGUCGAUAUGGCUACCAUGGAUGUCGAAAGCGACGCCGCAUUGCAGCGCGAGCUUGCUAUUGAGCAACGGAAGUCGUUCAAUCUCGACCCUGAUAACCUCAAGGCUGCUAAAGCUUUAGGAGUUCUGGCCUCAAAUUUUCUCAUGGCCCGUCCCUGGUGUGAUAGCUUUGAAGGCAAACUUGACUGGGAAGAACACAUCUAUCGCCAUGAGCACCAAUAUCGAAAGACUUACUCUGGAUUUUCAUCGUGCUUUUCACGGACACUGGAAGGCUUAGUCGUGAAGACACGGCCAGAAGAUGUUGAGAGAGACAUCAUUCUGCCUCCCAUGCGGCAUCGCGUUGUGUUUCUCAAACCAUGCUGGUAUGACAAAAUGACGGCAAAUCUCUUUGUUCAAGUACUCCGCGCGAAUGCGAUCACGAGUGAAAGGACUGACGUGGAUUACCUUUUCCAUAAGAACAGCGUCAAGGAGCGCCAUGCCCUGAUAAGAAAUUUGCGUCAAUCGAACUUCACAUGGACUGGAUUUAGUUUGCUCGACGUUAUCGCCACAAUUGAAACUAGCAGCAAGUACCUAGCCAAAGAUGGCAUAAAUUGCUCUAUUGAAGAUUCGCGGGCCUUACUCGAGAGCUGUCAGGUCGUAUCCAAGUUGACGACUUCGGAGGGUUGGAAAGCGCUAAGCAACGCGCACGAGGUGGGAAUGGCUGUCAAAGAUUGGCCCAGAGAAUCACGCAGUACCUUUGCACUCGGUGAUUUAGCAGAACCUACAAUGAUCGGCAUUACACAACUGAUCGAAGGACAGCUCCAUGUUGAUGGCAACAUACUGUCACAUGACCCUGCUGUCGGGCUUGAAGCUGUGGGAUGCGAAGCCAAAACCAAUGUCUCAGCGAUGGCAGAAAUGGAAGGCAGAGCUCAAGAUAGCGACAAAAAGACAAAUGCCGACUCACCCUCGAACAAAGCCGGGGUGCCAUUGUCAUUAAUUGAUGGCCAUCAAUCACCAACAACUCGGCGGACUCUCGUAACGGCCGGCCAGUCUUCUUCCCAGAGACAACCAGAAAACAGUUCCCAUGAUACUGCAGCAGGGGUGGCAGUUGCCACAUCUUCACUUCGCUCCAAGAAGCGCAAGCUCACUUUGGCGGACGAAACGGCAAACCUACCUACGAGCUCGCCCCUACAUGACACUCAAAUAGUGGGCACGACUUCCGCUAAACUCAGCUAUUUGCUAGACAAGGUAAUGCAACAUCAAGCCACUGAGAAGAUCAUCAUCUUCUAUGACGGCGAUAACGCAGCAUGGUACAUAGCACAAUGCCUUGAGCUCAUGUACGUCAAUCACCGGAUCUACGCUAGAACUCUGAACAACACACUGCGGUCUGAGUAUGUGCGGCUAUUCACUGAAGAUCCGGACGUUCGCGUCCUAAUGAUCGAUGUCGCCUGCGGCGCUCUUGGGUUGAACCUGAAUGCGGCGAGUAUCGUACUCAUUUUGAACCCGAUCAACAGACCCAAUAUAGAAGCGCAAGCAAUCAAGCGAGCACAUCGCAUAGGGCAGACGAAGGAGGUGCUUGUUGAGACGCUGGUGCUUGAGAAUACGAUCGAGCAUGCCAUCUUCAACCGCGCGAAGAAGAUGACACGAGCGGAUCAUCAGGAAGCAAAAGAGCUGGAAGAUGAUGCUGGUAUCGUGGAGAUAAUCCAAAAUGCACAGAUCCUGCCAGUCGAGGAGGAUGAAGGUGAGGGGUUAUCUAGCUUUGCUCUACUGCAAACUCCCCAGAAGGUAUUUGGGCGACCGAACCGACACAAGUAUCAUCGAUUUGGUAGUACGGGAUCGAAAUCAGUCGAGAAGCCUUCGAAGAAAGCUAGAAUUCCAAAGGGUGUUACGAACAGUCCCGAAGAGGUGGUGCCGAUGGAGACUGCCAUGACACCAGAGCGAGGGCCGGUUGAGACUGUUCCUUCUCAAUUAUACAAAGUCGUAUCGGGGUUGGGGUCUAGUAUUUUUGGUAGUGGGUGA